CAUACACCCCUCAUCAUCUUUUCUCUAGUGUUCCUUUCUACACUUGACCUCUACAUACAUACAUACCCACCACAUGUAUCCUUCAAUGUUCUUCCUUCCCAUUAGCCGCCUCUCUUUCCUCCAUCUUUAUAUAUUUCAAUUAAUUCUGCUACUACAUUUCAAUUCACCUUAUGAUGAUAAAAUGUCAUUGAAACUAGCUGCCUAAGCUACUUACUACUUAGCUAGCUAGCUAAUUUAACUGCCAAAAACUUCCUGAUUUGGACAAUAUACCUAUCCCUCCUCUUUUAGUUUUAUUCAUCUCCUUGUCGCCGCAGAUUCAAGAUUCAAACCACAUCUAUCCCCAAAAAAAUGUCACUCGAUAUCACCACCUCCUCCGCGGAUCGGGUUUGUUACGUUAAUUGCAGCUUCUGCAACACCAUUCUUGCGGUUAGUGUGCCAUGCAUCAGCAGCAUGCUUAACACUGUGGUGGUGAGAUGUGGACAUUGCUCCAAUUUGCUGUCUGUUGAUGUGGGAGCUUUGCUUCACCCUUUCCCUCUCCAAGAUUUCCAGCAACAAGAACAACAUCAAUUUGAAGAUGCCAUGGGGUCGGUUCCAUCUAAUUACAACUGCAACAUGUUUAGUGUAUUUGAGUCUCAUGAUCAACUACUUGAGCAAUCUAUACUCACUCCUAUGCGCACCUUAGAGAAGAGACAACGUGCUCCUUCUGCAUACAACCGAUUCAUCAAGGAGGAGAUCCAUAGGAUAAAAUCAAACAAUCCAAAAAUUAGCCACAAAGAAGCCUUUAGCGCUGCUGCAAAAAAUUGGGCACAUUUUCCUCACACUCAUUUUGGACUAAAUCUGGUUGGGAACAGACAAGCCAAUGUGGAUGAUGCAGUUGGAGAUCAGGAUGCCACUCAAUAAUAAAAUUAUCAAUGCCCAACAAAACAUAAAUUCAUAAUUAUAUAUAAUAAUUACUCACCCUACUAUAUAUAUGUUUUGGGAGGUUGGAGGGCUGAGCUCAGCAUUCUGUCAUCAAAACGUGACAUCUAAUGUUGGCACCUUCACUAUUAGAUAUAACGUUUAUUUCUGGUAAUAUAAUAUAGU